UACGAGAGUGCAUGACAUCACUUCCGGUUUAGUUUCAUAACAAAUUAAAGAUGGUUGCCUAAUCACCUGCGUAGUUUUCUCUCCUUUCUCCCUUGUAUUUAAACGUUUUAAAAUGGGCGAACUUUUUGGCAGUUAUGAAAGCACAUUUGGGACGAUAACAGCUGAAAUUACAGCAAAAAUCGGACGGAUUCCCAGUCUAGAAGGAGGUCUGAAGAAAAAUGAGGUUAAAAAUGUUGAAAAAUUGUUUGAAGAAGUCAAAGAAUUGCUUGAACAAAUGGACUUGGAAGCUCGAGAGCAGCCUGGCCCAGAUAAAAUAAAGUAUUGCAACAGAGUAAAAUCAUAUGAGAAAGAAGUUCAAAAUCUGGAAAAAGAACUGAAAAAAGCUCAAGUUAAGUUUGGGGACUAUGAAGCCGAUCGCAACGAACUGCUCAACUCUGAGUUCACAGCAAGCUCUGAAGAUCAGAGAACGAGGCUACUAAAUAACACUGAAAGAUUAGACCGAACUUCAAACAGACUGGACGAAGGUUAUCGUAUGUGCAUUGAGACAGAGGAAAUGGGGACGGCCAUUAUGGAUAAUUUACAGAGAGAUCGAGAGGUCAUGACACGAACGAGAGAAAGGUUACGAAAUACGGACCAAAAUCUUGGCAAAAGUUCGAGAAUUCUGACAGGAAUGAUGCGAAGAAUUAUUCAAAACAAAAUCAUUAUGGCAGUCAUAUGUCUGAUCAUUCUUGGAACUAUUGGUUUCGUUAUUUACUUCUCGGUGAAAUAGAUAUUACGCUACAGGCAGCAAGAAUUGAACAAUGAAAUGACGCCAUCUUUUAUCUGAAGUAAUAUCUAAGAAUGAACCAUUUAGUUUUUUACAACAAACCGCCCAGGAUUUAGUAGUACCGUUGUCAUAGAUCUUUCUAAUAAUGACAUUAAACUCGGAAACUGCCUGAUGUUACACAAACUUUGAUUAGCUUCGCACUGAGUAUUAACGAGCCAAUCAAACUUGUGUAACAUCAGACUUUUCGCGUGUGACGUCAUUAUAUACCGCUGUUCUGUGCAUGGGUAUUAGUCAAUCCAGUUACACUGAUCUAGGAGCAAUGUACGUUUGAACGAAGCUAUAAAGUACUAUUUAGUGGAAUGCGCCAUUGCUUCAAAACGAGGCUAUUUUUAGGGGCUAAAUGCAAUCCACGCCUCAUUCCUGAAGGGAUAACGUCGUUUUGCGAAAAUCUCACGUUUUAAUCUUUUUAAGCUUUGCGUGAAAUAUUCAAAUCAAGCUUGAAUGAGAAUUUUGCGCGCAGGCGCACGCUCCAAGAAGUGAGAAGAGAGACUUGCAACUGCGGGUUAAAUUUUACUCAAAUUUUGCUAUUUGCGUGUAACUAAUUAAAUAUAUAUAUAUUUAGUGCGUAAUACGUAUCCUAUUAUUUAGAAAAGAAUGUCUGAAUGCUGAAUUUAUGUACAAAUCUAAAAUAAAAAUGAAAAUAUUAAA